CUAACUGACCCUCUUAAUCCAGAGUAUCCAAUAGUGAGAGACUCCAAUCGCACCUCCAGCCUUGGCAACAACAAGAGUUUGUUUGAAAGAAGCGACAGAGUGAAUGAAAGAUAGAGAAAUAAUGUGUGUUUUUGGACCUGGAGUCUGUUCACAUGUCUACGUGUUGUUCCUGCUGAUGGCCAUGUCGCACCUAAUCAGGCCACUGUGCGGAGGUCUGUUGAGGUUGGACGAAGAAGUGGACAAGAGUGUCUCUGUCAUCAGUCACUCUGACCAUUUCAAGGCCCAGCUGGAAGCUCUACUGCUGCACGGGAACAACAGCGACGUGUCUCUGCGCGUGGAGUCGACAGGUGGGGACGAGGUUAAGGUGAUCCAAGCCCACACGCUCAUGCUGUCUCUGCAGAGCCAUACCUUCCAGAAGCUGCUUGAGAAGAGGAACGGAAGCACGUUGGUGCUGACGGAGAGUCCAGAGUGUAUCAAUGUUUUUGAGAAGUUUAUCAGGUAUUUGUACUGUGGUGAACUACAUUUACGUUUGGAUGAAACCACUGCUCUGCAUGAACUGGCCACCAAAUACGGUGUCUCGGUUCUCCAACAAGGCCUAUCUGAAUACAUGAUCCAGAAUCUGGCCGGUGCUUCUCUGAGUGGUCACGUGGUGCACUGGUAUGAGUACGCAACCGCAGAGGGAAAUGCCAACCUUCGUGUCAGCUGCCUGCAGUUCCUGUUGCGGAACACGACGUCUGUGUUGCGAAGCUCACAAUGGCCGUCGAUAAGCUCUCAGCUUCUGAUGGCUCUGCUGCAGCGCUCUGAUCUGGUGCUGCACAGUGAGCUUGAGCUCUUUAGGGCCCUCGAGACCUGGCUAAUACACAACGAGCCAGACAACCUGACAGUAGAAAACAUAUUGCGUGCGGUGCGUUACCCGAUGAUCCCACCACGUGAGCUGUUCCGCUUGCAGCGUGAGUCACCGGUGCUAUUGCGCUACUACGAGUCAGUGCGUGAUCACCUGUACAAGGCCUACCAGUUCCACGCAGCACCCCCACCACUGCUUGCAAAGUUUUUCGAUGUGAACUGCAGCUUGUUCAUCCCACGCAAUUAUCUAGCGCCAGCAUGGGGCAGCGCGUGGCUCAUUAACAGCCCAGCACGUGACGACCGCACGGCUGCCUUUCACACACAGCUGGGCCCGAGUGCCUAUGACUCCAGCAAACGCGUGAUUUGGAAUGCACUGUUCUCGCCACGCUCACGUUCUGACGGUAACCCACGUAUCGUAAUCACACCUGCUUCCUCCAGCCCCGACAUUGCGGGUGUCGUCUUUCAGAAGACGGUGAUCGUGUGCGCACGGCAGCAGGGCCUGCUUGUAGUACGCCGUGUGUACAAUUUCCACCAGAGCACAGAAGAGAAUGGCGACUUCCUGACUGACAGCGACCUACAUGAGAGCACCUCUGAGUAUUUGGUGGAUGGCUGGCUGCACCUGCACGUUAUCAUCAAACCUGUUUAUCAGACACUUAUAUCCUCAAAAAUAAAAUAAAAACAUGAUUUCCUAUAAAUACCAAAAAUACAGGUGACAGAAGGGUUUGCAUGGCUGACCUAUGUUUUUCCAUCAUAAU